AAACAACGCCAUUUAAUAGCAACCCUGUGAGAGCAGGAAGAAGGGGUUUUCUAGCACCGGUGUUUUAGUAGAGUUUUAACGCUUUUCUGUUCAUUUCCUUUUUACUGAAUUUUAUCACUAAUCUACUUAUUUAUUUUAGUGUUUGUAUUUUGCGUCCUGCAUCACUGUAAGUGCUGAAGUUUCUAUUUAUUUUUAACUUUAGCAGCACAGAUCAAGGUCACGCAUUUAGAUGCGCUCACGCGUGGGCUCUCCGAGUCGUGUAAAGGAUCACAGGUCUGUACAGAAUGGCAGGACUGAUUAAUUUUGAGGACGAGAAAGAAGUGAAAGAGUUCUUAGACAAUUUGGGAGUGGAGUACAGCUAUCAGUGCUACCAGGAGAAAGACCCUGAAGGUUGUCAGAGGUUGGCAGAUUACUUGGAGGGGGUGAAGAAGAACUACACUGAGGCCGCUCAGGUUCUCAAGCACAGCUGUGAGAGUUAUGGCCAUGGAGAGAGCUGCUACAAGCUUGGGGCCUACCAUGUCACAGGCAAAGGUGGGGUGACAGAGUGUCUAAAAAGUGCCUACUCCUGCUUUGUCAAGGCAUGUAAUGCCAAAGGAAAGAAGACAGUGGAUGCAUGCCACAACGUCGGCUUGCUUGCCCAUGAUGGUCGAGCCUUAGAGGGUGGUCCAGACCCUGUAGAGGCUCGUCGCUACUAUAAGAAAGCUUGUAAGGGAGGGUUUGCACCUAGCUGUUUCAAUUUAAGUGCCCUAUACAUCCAGGGCUCAGCAGAAGUGAAAAAAGACAUGCCUAAGGCUCUAAAGUAUGCCAUGCGGGCCUGCGAGUUGGGCCACGUUUGGGGCUGCACCAACGCCAGCCGCAUGUACAAACUGGGUGAUGGCACGGAGAAGGAUGACGAGAAGGCGGAAAAGCUAAAGAACAGAGCAAAAGAACUUCAUGGACAAGAGAAAGAGCGGCAACUGAAAUUCGGAGAGUGAGAUGGAGAAAAAGUGCUAGAUUCAGUGUGAUAUUUGGGUUCUCACUGUCGUGCUGCUAUACAUGAUGAAAGAAUGUGUGAGAAGUGUAGCUGCAUAAUGUGUGUAUUGGGGCUGUUUAAGAACUGUGCUAUUGCAUUUGAUUAGUUGAUGGUUGCAAACUCAGACAAAUGAUCUUGAUCUGUAUGUUUCCAUUUGUAAAUCUGACAGUACUGUACGGUAAUCGAGUUAAUAAAUGUGGUUUUUAAUGCAUUAAUGACA